ACUGGAUGGUCCAAGUGACGCAAACAUCAAGCGACCGAAUCUCUUUGCAGCCGCAACGAUGGGAAACCGUGUUAUAAAUAUAAAGAAAAAUGUUCAAUAGGUUUGGUUCCGAUGUGAUUGGAUUGCCUUAAGAGUCUUUUAUGUGCACGCUGUGCUCAUAUGUACGUCCACGAAUGCAAACUUCAAGUUACUGGAUAUAUACUUUGCAAUUGCAGUUCCACUUGAAAACUCGGUAACGUUAGCUAGCUGUCGAUAUAACCUCAGUUUGGUCAGUUAGCUAGCUGGCUAACUUGCAAGCAAGGUCCAUUCAUUGAGUUGAAUGUAGGAGUUACUGGUCAGUCUUAUAGAAGCAGAAGAUCAAGUACCUCUGGCAAAAGUCUUGUAACUUCGUCUUACCUAUCUACUUCAAGCUUGAGGUCCAUAUUGGAGGAGGCCAAUGGUAGAGACCUGCUAAAACCUGCAGGCAAGGGCAGAUUGAGGCCCAAGGAGGAAUGGGUAAGGCUGGAUAUGAGGGUCCAAGUUCAUAACAGCUCCGACCAGGCAAAGUCGGCUCCUGAGAUGUCAGAGAAUGGCCGCUCACGGAGGAAACGCGUGCCCAAAUUGUGUGACUGCUGUGGGCCAAACAGCAAACCCCACGCACUGGGCCAUGACCAGGUCACAAAGAAACGGGGUCGGAAGAAGAAAGAGAUUGCAAGUGAAGUGGGAGUAGCAGCUGAAAACCAGAUCAUUUCUAAUGCAGUAGAUUUGGUUUCAGUGGCAGAGGCAGAUGCAAUGACUGUGUGUGAGAUGCAACCAGUAACAUGUCCUGAAACAUCCACAGCACUGUGUGGAAAUCAAAUUGUGGCUCUGGUCAGUGACUUAUCUGUUCUGCACAAUGGCAUUAUACCUAGUCAAGAGGACAGUCCGGAAACAAACAGGAAAGGCAAAGAUACUAAUUUCACUUCACUCACUGACUCCAAAGAGCCCACUUCUAUCACACACACUCAUCCAACACAAGACUGUUCGGACACAAACAGUGAUCCUCUACAGGCUAACCCUGCAACACCUCUUGACUGUAUACAUGUUGGUCCAACAGUGCACAGUGACUGCACAGAAAAAUCUGCAGGCCCUGUUGUACAGAGCAAUAGCAUGGACUCGGAUCAGAUAGCAGAAACUGAUGCCAUGGAAGUUGAACAUCCUGUUUCUGCCGUUUACCUAAAUGUCAAGGCUUUAAGGGACCACCGCUACUGCAAGCGCCCUGCAGACUGUGCAGAAGAAGAGCCACUAGAUGUUUCUCAGCCACCUUCAACAGAAAUCCAGAAUGAAGAAAUUGUAGAACUCAUUCAUGAAUUCCUUGAGCAUUUCUAUGAGAAGUAUGGGAGCUUCAUUCCACUGUGCGAGGAGGACAUUCUUGAGUACCUGAACAAACACUUAAAUGCUGACUUAAAGGACAGAAAGAAAAUGAUACACACAGAAGUGAUGAAGUACAAGGCUGGCUUGGCUUGUGCUCCUAUGCACUUUUUCAAAGUGACCUAUAACAAACACACUCUGGCGCUUGAUGACCUUUCAACACUUGAUGACCAAAACUGGGUCAAUGACCAGGUCAUAAACAUGUAUGGUGAAUUAAUUAUGGAAGCUACAAACCAGAAGGUACAUUUCUUCAACAGUUUCUUUUAUAGACAGCUUGUAGGAAAAGGCUAUGAAGGAGUGAAGAGGUGGACCAAAAAGGUGGAUUUGUUCUCUAAGAGAUUGCUGCUGAUUCCCCUCCACUUGGAGAUCCACUGGUCCUUGAUAACAGUGGACAUCUCCAAGCAAAACAUAAACUUCUAUGACUCCCAAGGAAUAUUGUUCAAGUUUGCGGUUGAUAACAUUGAGAAAUACAUGUUAGCGGAGGCAAAGGAAAAGAAGCAUGCUAAUUUCCAAAAAGGCUGGAAGAUGACUGUCAACAAGACUAUCCCGCAGCAAAAGAAUGAUAAUGACUGUGGAGCUUUUGUCUUGGAGUACUGCAAGUGCCUGGCAUUUAAACAACCAUUGCUGUUCACACAAGAGGACAUUCCUAAAGUACGCAAAAGGAUAUACAAGGAGCUCUGUGACUGCAAGCUCACUGACUUAAAAAAGCAAGUCUAAGCUUAAAGACGUUCUUUGCUCAUUUGCUUGUGAACGGACUUCUUGUUUUUUUUGUGGGAACAGUGGGGGAGGUCCUACACACGUUCAUAUACCUGGAUAUAACUCGUAGUUCAGUAUUUUGGAUGGGAAACUUGACGAGAUGCCAAACCAUCAGCCUUUCCAACCAUUCCCAUUUUUAUAUUGAAGGUUCAGCAACUGAAAAGGCCUAUCAUUGCUCACAGAUUUUGGGGUGCUGGCUAUUGAAAGCAAUGACUUGUGGCAACCCUGAGAACAGACAUCGUUAUUUGUCUUUGUUUUGUCUUCUUGAGAAUCAAGCCUCUGCAGCUUGUUAGAUGGUUUUAGCCAUAUCGCAAACUUUGUGGUUAUAUCAGGUUUCUUUUCAACAAGUAUGCACUCAGUGCUCCACAGCAUGUUACUUGAAGGAUCUACAUUGUAUAGUUUUGACUGCAUUUUGGAUGUGGUGCAAACAAGCAUUUAACAAAGACAAGCUUUUAAAUGAA